UGACAAGCAAGCAAGCAGGAAAAAAAAAAUCUACUGUCUUGUCUAUGUUAGUUUUAAAAUAAAGAUGGAAGUUGAGAGUACGGAAGCCGGUGUGAAAAAUCAUUUACACGAUGUUUUAUCAGAAGCAGAAUAUUCUAGCGUACCUAAUCCUAUUGCGGAGAAGAUCAACACGUACAUUGAUAAAAAGUUUGAAGAAUAUUUAACAUCUAAGGCUCUACAUGAAACCAGUAAAUCCCAAAUAGGUGACAAAAUCGCUACUUCUGAAGCCACGAUUCUUGAGCUAACUGUAAAAUAUGAAGAAUCCGCGAAAAAAUUACUGACUGCAGAAGAAACAAUCGCAGAACUAGGAAAACAGGUAGAGACUCUGAAUUCAGAACUCGAAAAAGCUCGCGAUAAAAUCACAUGCUUAGAAAAUGAAAUUGUUUCUCUUAAAAGUUCCCGAGAUGCAGCAGUGGAUGAGAGAAACGACCUGACUCGUAUUUUACAACGACGAGAUGUCGAAAUAGAGCGAUUAACGGCUAGCGAAGAAUCGAAUUCGCAACAGUUACGUGCUGCUAUAAAUGCAAAGUGUGAAGCUUUGGCGUUAAAUGAUGAAAUCCAGAGCAAAGAACUUUCACUUCAGUACCGUGAAAAAAGAAUAGAGCAAGAAAGAGUUUUGCUGAAUUCUCAAAUUGCUGGUCUUACUGAGGAAGUGAACAGACUGACUUCAGAAUUACAAACUGUGCGUUUGAAUAACACAAGCAGACUAGUGAAUUUGGAAACUCAAUUAGCUGAAAAGCUUGAAGAACUAAGUGCAGCAAAUGAUACAAUUGUUCAACUAAAUGAAGUCAAGAAAAAUCUUAAUAAUCGCGCUGAGAGUCUAACACAACGUUUAAUGGAACAGAGAGAAAUUGAAAAUAAAAUGACUGAUAAUUACAAAAAAGAAUUAGAUGCGAAAACUAAAUUAGCUGAUUUAUUCAAAACUAUGCAUGAUGACGCAGAGGCAAAAACUAUGGAACUAACAGAAGGUAUAGCAGAACUACAACGAUUAUUAAAUGAAGCAACUGAAAAAUAUGGGGACUUAGAAACUAAAUAUAAACAGGCAGAUUUAGAUCAUGAAGAAUUAAUGGAAAAGAAAAAUGAAGUAAUUUCAUCUCUUAAAAAUGAGCUGGAACAUGCAAAUGAUUUAUUGAAAGCCGCCAAUGCCCAAAAUUUGGAUAUGGCUCUAAGUGAUUUAGCUCCAUCUGCAGCCACAGCCAGUAAACUAUUAAAGUCAGGCAUGUCUCUGACACAGAUCUAUUCACAAUUAGUUAAAGUUACUGAUGAAUUAGCUCAAGAAAAAGAAGAGAACAGACGCUUGAACAUAACCAUUAAUACUAUUGUGCAAGAAUUAGAAGAAAAAGCGCCAAUGUUACAAAAGCAGAAAGCAGAAUAUGAGGAAGCAGUUGAAAGCAAUACAGCGUUGACUCAACAAAUCGAUUCUCUUUUGAUGGAAUGUAAUAGAUUAAGGGAUGAUUAUGGUGAAACAUCUAAAAUAGCCAAUCAUUACAACAGAGAAAAUGCAAAGUUGAAGGGAGAAUUAGCUGACUUGGGUAGACAAGUUUGUUUCUUGCUAAAAGAAAUAGAACAUACUCGUGGGGGUCUUUUGCCUAAUGGUGAUCAUGAUUCAUCUCAUGCUGCAUCAAAUACUACAAAUUCUUCUGAUUUAAGUUCAUCGCGAAUCAUUUCUAAGACGUUAGUAACCUUCAGUGACAUUCAAGAAUUACAAUCAAAUAAUCAAAAACUAUUGAGAAUGGUUCGUGACCUUACUGAAAAACAAGAAGAGUUUGAGCGCCAUAAAGAUCAAUUUGAAAGCGGAGAAAUGCAAACUAAAAUAGAAACUUUAAAAAAUAGGGUUACAGAAUUGACAGAAGCUCAGGAGAGGCAAACCAAAAUGGUUAACGGACUAAUUAGGCAACGAGAUAUGUUUAAAAAACUGUAUCAUGACCUCAUGAAAGGAAAACGUCACGAAAUGUCUUCUGUUUUAGAAAUUUCAGAUUUAGAAAAAGACUCUUUUGCAAUGGAAACAUCUUCCGAAAAAACUUCUAAAGCUGUCGAUGUUGAUACAUCUGGAUUUGAAAUAAAGUAUAAAGAGACAGAAAAACAUUUAGAAUUAUUGAAAGAAGAAUAUAAAACAUACAAAGAAGAAAAAGUAACUAAUGAACGGAUGCUAUUUGAACAAAUAGAUAAUAUGAGACAAGAAAUAUCAAAGCUUACAGCAGCUAAUAGUAAAUGUUCUUCUACUUCAGAAUAUAAUAAUGAACGACUUAAAAUUUUACAAACAAAUAUCACAACAUAUAAAAAGCAAAUAUCAUCCCUAGAAGAAAAAAAUAAAGCAUAUAAUGCAACUAUUGCGAAACAUGAAGUUUCAUUACAACAUUUCAGAGAUGAGGCUUUAAAUGCUCAAAGCAAACUCGCCGCUACUGAAAUCCAACUCGAGAAUUUAAAAUUGGAAUGCAAAUUACUGAAGGACGCCGAAGUACGUCUACAGACUGAAAAAGAACUUCUAAACCGGGAACGGCAAGGUCAGUCAUUGCUGUUGAAAAACUUAGAAUUGAUCAAAGCCAGCUUGGAACGGGUAGAAGCUGAAAAUCGUGCCAAACUAGAGUCUAGAUUAGACGAAGCUACAAGGGAGUGCUCUGCUUUAAGAAGAAGGUUACAAGAAGAACAAGAUCGCUUUAGAGAAUUAGCAGCACACCUGGAGCGACAAACUGAGACAGCGAAGUCUCGCAUGCAAGAAGAAAAAGAUGCUGCAGAUUUAAUGAGGAAGGAAAUUACCCAACUACGUCAAGAUUUAAUAGAUAAAAACAAGUCAAGUGAAGAAAUUGCAAAAAAACUGAAAUCGGCACUUGCACCUAAUACUGAUGGAUCUCUCGAUACCAUUAAAAAAAUAAAAGAACUUGAGAGUAAAUUAGUUGAUCGCGAUAGUGAAAUAAAAUCACUUCAAGAGCAGUUGAGUAUUGCAAAAGAACACAUAAAACAAUAUUGCGAUAUUUCUGAAGGAGCUGAAAAAGAAUUGAAAACUCUAAAUGAUGAGUAUGAAAAGUACAAGUCUGAAACAGAAUCUAAAUUAUCAAAUUAUGCUCAAAACCUCCAGAAGCUUGAAGAAAAAUGCGCGGAAUUGGAAGCAGAACUAUCUCUUCAUUCCAAUGGUGAACAUUCGGCCAGUAAUAAUGCAUUGUGUAAUGACCUUGCUAAUACUAAAGAAGAACUACAAACAGUAUUAUCAAAUUAUGAUAUUUGUAAAUCUGAAUUAGAAGCUGCACGUUCUGAAAUCACAAAUCUGUCAGAAGCAUAUCAGAAAGCUGAAGAAAAAUAUACUCAUGAAAUGAUAUUACAUUCUACUGAUGUACAAACUCUUUCAAAAGUAAAAGAAGAAUUAUCAAUAGCUCAAAAUCAAAUAAAUGAAUUGUUAGCUCUUAAGAAUAACGCCUUUGAAACGCUUGAAGCUGAAAAAGCAUGUUGGUUGGAAAGACAAAAAAUAUUAAUGAGUGAAAACGAACAAUUGACACAACGUUUGAAAGAUUUGAAUGAUCAAAAUUCAUUGUUGCAUGACCAAAUUCAAGCUUUAGGUACGCAGCUAUCAGUAUCGCAUGCAUCGAGAUCACAUUCUGAAAGCAUGAAUGAAUCUGCAAAUGAAUCUGUCAAUAUUUCCCUCAGUGAAGAUGACGGGAAAUCUUCAGAACAAUUAUUCCAAAUUGUUAAAUUUUUGAGAAAAGAGAAAGACAUUGCUAUGGCUAAAUUCGACAUUUUACAAGCUGAAACGAUGCGACUUAAAUCACAACUGGAGAUAACAGAAAAACAGCUUGAUGAUACUAAAUUAUCUUUAGCAGCUGAAAGAGAAAGAUCGGAAGUAACCAUGGUAACAGUUGGCAGACAAUCAGAUAUUUUGAGAAAAGUUGAAACAUUAAAUGCGCUUACAGAUAGUAACAGAAUUUUGAGAGAAGAACGUGACAAUUUGACAGCUCGCGUGGAAGAAUUAACUACUGGUAUGAAAGCUUUGGAGGAUCAGAUAGCUCCUAUGCAUGAAAAGUUAACAGACCUUUCGUCUAAAAAUGAGACAUACCUAUCCGAAAAUACUUCUCUAAAGGCUGAUUGUGCCAGAUGGAGAACUAGAGUAAAUGCACUUGUGGAAAGGGCAAAUAAAACAAGCCCAGAAGAUUGGAAGCGCUUACAAAAUGAAAGAGAAACACUAGCUAAAAUGCUCACAAACGAAAAGGAAAACGUCAGAAAAUUAAAUGAGGAGCUUAGUGCUAUAAAAUUAGAGAAAUCUAAAAUAGAAGAACAAUAUACAUUGUUAUCCAGACAACAAAAUACAUUGGUAGAAGAGAACAAAAAGCUGAAUGAAGAUUUGCAAACCCUUAAAGAGGAUCUGUCACGUUUGACUGAAGAAUUAACAAAGAUUAAACAAGAACUUUCUUCAUGUAAUGAAUCAAAUGCUAAAUUAUCAGAGGAAAUAACCAGUAAAGAUGCUUCUUUAAAUGAUAUCAGGAACAAAGAAAUGCAAAUUCGGAAAAUUGCUAAAAAGUAUAAAGGACAGUAUGAAGAUUUGGUAAAGACUGUGGAAGAAGAUAAAAAGAAAUCUGAAGGUGAAGCUGUUGCUGCCGAUACAGCACUAGCAGAAAGUACAAAGAAAUUAGAAGAGCAGCUUAAUAACUUGCAGUCGCAAUUGGAAACUGAAAAAACUAGUAAUGAAAAGUUGAAGCAAGAUUUAGAAAGUCUACGAACUACCAAUCUAGACAAAGAAGAGAAAGCAAAACAAGUAUUGAAACAAGCUAAGAGUAAGAUAGUUCAAUUAACAGAAUUAAAAAAUACUUUAACUAGGGAACUCGACGAAACGAGAAAUAAAAUAGGAACUAUAGAACAAGUAGCACAGAGCACGCGUGAUGAACAAGAUGUGCGAUUAGCUCUUAUUAAAUCGCAAUACGAAGGACGUUUAUCUCGAUUGGAAAAAGAAAGAGGCGAGGCACAGGAGAGAGUUAACUUGUUACAGAGACAACUUGCAGCCAGUCAGGCGUCAGCAUCAAAACAACAGGUGACUGCUGAAAAGACGACCACUGAUCCGCCCACAGCCAACAUUAAACCAAUGGCCGGCGUUGCACAACAAAGCGUGUCAGGAAGUCGACGCGGCGGUGAGACUCCAUUGGCUUCAAUCCGCCCGAUGGCCCAGGUCGGGCCUACAGCACCGCACGACGCGCACACCACAGAGUACAUGCCUGCGUCUUCCUCGCGCCCGCUGCCACGCGCCGCCCUUGCUGCCUCCACCGCGCCGCCUGAAUCUACCCAGGAUAUGGAGACAAGCGAAGCCGGUAUGGGUAGUUCAGGAGCCAGUGACAGCAGCACCCAGCCGUCGUCAAUUUCACAAGCGCCACAACAGGCCGUGGCACUUGUGAUGCCCCGCAUAGAGCAGCCGAGCGGUACCAGUUCUGCCAGUGCGGCCACCGUGUCCGCAGCAAGUUCCGUCGCCACCAGCGUCACUAGCAUCGCCGCGCCCGCCACUCCCGCUCCAGCACCCACUGGUACAGCGAACGUGAACCAAACAUCAGCCAGCGUAGCGCAGUCGUCCGGUGGCGUGAGCACUUCUCACGCUCCUCCUGGAGUUAGCACUUCUCAUGCCCCGCCUGGAGUUAGCACUUCUCACGCGCCACCUGGAGUUAGCACUUCACAAACACCGCCCGGUGUCAGCACUUCGCAUGCGCCGCCCGGAGUCAGUACAUCCCAGCCGCCAUCAGACGCUCGCCCUCCCAAGAGACGUCUGCAGUCUCGGCCCGUCACUGCAAAAAGGACACGCGUACAGGGAUUUGGGAGAUCUGAAGUAGAAGUAGAGUACCAAGUUCCGACGUCGUCUCAUAUCGACCAGGAUGACGAGGGAGUCAUAGUCGUCGAUUCGGAGGAGGACGAUGAGAGAUGUACGGGAACAAUGUACAGGGAGGGUGAAGACGAAGAAGAUAUGGAGGAAGAACAGGAAGUCGAGGGAGGCGAAGAGGAAGAAGAAGGCGAGGGUGAAGAUAGUGAAAAUGCCACACGACAGGAAUCGCCUGUACAGUCGCCAGAAGCCGGCGAGGAGGGCGAAGAGAGCGAGCCCGGGGACAGCGGCGAAGGCGCGGCGCACGAACCGGACAGCGAACCUGCGCCCGCGCACCAACAGAUAGAGGCCAUCAGCAGCGGCACCGAGCCGAGCGGUGCUUUAUCGAUUGGUGGCAAUGGCGCGGACGAUGGCGACGACAGUAUAGUCCCUUCCACUCCUACGCUCUACGUCCCGAGGAGGAACGACGGGUUCGGGGAAGCAGUGGUUUCACCGGUGGGCGGAAGUUCCGGCGCUCGUUUCACAUUCGCUGAGGCGGGCGCUCCGCCGGGCGCCGCCUCCCACCACGACACGCACCCUGACCUGGCCGCCGCACUGCCGCCCGCGCCUGCGCACGCCGUCACCGACUCCCGAGCGGAAGGUGGGGAAACUAGAGACUGGGAAGAGUCACGGGGUGAGGAAGAAACUACUGCAGUUAGCUCACAAGGCAGUGAGCCAUCUUCACCGCACCAGAUGGCUGAGGAGGGUCGCGAGGCAGAGGCCAGCGCCCCGGUGGCGGCGCCUCGCCGCGCCCCGCCCGCGCCCUCGCCGCACCAGCGGUGGAUGCGCGCCGCAGACAGCGAAAGCGGCGCGCGAGGCCGCGGCAUGCGAUCUCGAGGGCGACCUUCACGAAGAUCACAUAAUUAUAUGAGGUUCUAAGUCUAAGUUCUUUUAUUUCCUAUUUAGUGUUAUAAUAAAUUUCCAUUUUCAUAAAUAAGUAUAAAUCUAGUUGAUCAUUUUCUAGAAACGUAAUGUCUAGAGAUUUAUAUUAUAAGAUACCUAUUAUUAUGCGACAAUCUUCUGUAAUGACUUUGUGAAUUUCUAUUUUAUAUUUUGUUAUUAAAGUGUCAAGAAAAUGUGUAUGCUUUUAAUGACUAUGUUAAACCAGUUGUCAUAAAGUAGGUCAAGAAACAUAAAAAGUAUUUUAUCAUUAUGGAUUAUCAAGUCUCAAUAAUUUAGUAUUUAAGGUGAACAUUUCCAUAUUAGUAAUUAUAUCUUACAUAGACAUUAAUAAAGUUGCUAAAGCUCGGAA